CAGACGGGGAGCGCGCUGCGGCGGAGGCCGGGCCGGGCUGUGCCGGCUGCUGAGGGCAGCGGGGGAGAGGGAGAGAUGGCAGUUCCAGCAGCCGCUGCUAUUCGGGUUCCUGUUUUUUUCAACAGAAGCAGGUGAAGGGAACAAGAUUCGCCAAAUGAAGAAGGGCAGGAGGCCGAGUGUGAAAGGCCAGGGAACCGUGACCUGCUGGAGAACGGCAGAACCAGAAUCAAAGAAAAAGAAGAAGCUGGUGGCUAUUCAUCAGGCCUUGAAUGUUGACCCGGUGGAUGUGGAGACUCUACGGCGGUCUGCCAUUAGCGAGGGUGGGCUUCUGACUGAUGAGAUCCGCAGGAAGGUCUGGCCAAAGCUGCUGAAUGUAAAUGUUUACAACCUACCUCCAAAACCAGGCAAGGAUAUAAGGGAAGGCCACAAAGACUACAACCAGGUGCUCAUGGAUGUACAACGGUCGCUGCGCAGGUUUCCUCAUGGCAUGCGAUCAGAGGAACGAGGAGUCCUACAAGAGCAACUGAUCAAUGUCAUUCUUUACGUCUUGCAAAGGAACCUACAGCUUCACUAUUAUCAGGGCUAUCAUGACAUUGUCGUGACCUUCCUCCUGGUUGUCGGUGAAAGGAUGGCCAUUGCACUCAUGGAGAUACUAUCUUCCCAUCAUCUCAGGGAUUUUAUGGAUCCCACAAUGGACAGCACUAAACAUAUUUUAAACUACCUAAUGCCACUUCUGGAGCGGGUAAACCCAGAACUCCACAACUUCAUGCAGAGGGCUGAGGUCGGCACCAUCUUUGCCCUGAGCUGGCUGAUCACCUGGUACAGUCAUGUCCUCUCCAAGUUUCGCCAUACCGUCAGGCUCUAUGACUUUUUCCUGGCGAGUCACCCACUGAUGCCAGUCUACAUUGCAGCGGCGAUUGUGUUGCACAGGGAGAAAGAAGUACUGAGGUGUGACUGUGACAUGGCCAGUGUCCAUCAGCUACUGUCCAAAAUACCGCAGGACCUUCCUUAUGAGGUGCUGAUCAUCAAAGCGGAGGAGCUCUUUUCCCACUACCCACCCCCAGAGCUUGCAAAACAAGCAGCACUUCAGCUACACAAAAGCAUCGCCAUCAGCACCUUCCAGGAUUUCCAAAUGUCAACAUCUCAGCAGCGUCCUGAUGCCGUGCUCCGCAAGCAGUUCCAGGAGAAGCCUCGCCCACCACCUGCCAACGCCGAGGGGGCAUCUCCACUGGUGGGGGCCAACCAACUGGUCAAGAUGGCGGUGUGGGGACUGACGGCAACCCUGGGGGCAGCCGCUUUUGCUGUGGUGAACUCAGCGGUGGAUUGGGCCCCUGAGUUUGUUUUUCAGCUGUUUCCGUAGCCAGUGACUGAGGCAGAGCCUGUGGCACACAGCCGGCUGAACUGGGAGAGAAAUCCCUGCCGACUCUCAGCCAUCGAAACGAGGUGCCCGGUGUCGCAGCGUGUCCAAAACCUCGGUUAAGGAACAGUAAAUGUGAGCUUUACAUUAACCCUUUGCGACCUCCACCAAAACGGGGGGCGGGUUGGGGGGGGCGGUGGGUGAGACAGGUGGACCAGCCAAAAACCCUGCCGACCCCUUCCCUGGGAAUCACCCUUCCCACCCUGCCAGUUAUGCAGCCAAGGACAACUUAAAGAAAUUAGAAAACAGUAAGCACUUAUUUUCUUACCUUGAUGCAGGCAUUCAGAUGAGAGACUAGGGAGCAAGUCCUUGUGAAUUCAUACCUGGUUAAAUGGAAACCUGGUGUGUCAAGCAUUUCUGUUAUUGUAGAGUAUGUGAGCGUCUUACAACCAGAUGGGGGGUAAAACUUGAUAUUUAUUUCAAACGGGUAUGUCCUGAUAGGAGAGAAGGGGCACUUUUUUCAAGUUUGUGACUUCUCUGAUGAAUUUAAAUACUGCCUUGCCACCCUUUGAAUGAGGGGGUUAAACUGAGGCCCCAUCUGCCCUCUCAGAUGUACUUAAAAAAAUUCCCUGCAGUAUUUUGAAGAAAAGCAGGUGAGUUCCCCCUUGUGCCCUGGCCAAUAUUUAUCUCUCAACCAAUAUCACUAAACUAGAUUAUCUGGUCAUUGCUGAUUGUGGGAUUUUGCUGUGUGCAACUGUGUGCCUACAUUAGAACAGUGACACCAAUUCAAAUGUGCUUAAUUACCAGGAUGUUGCCUGGGCUGGAGAGUUUUAGUUCUGAGGAGAGAUUAGAUAGUCUGGGGUUAUUUUCACUGGAGCAGAGGAGAUUGAGGGAGGACAUGAUUGAGGUGUAUAAAAUUAUG